GGUUCUCUUUUCAUAAUUAAAAACAAAAAAAAAGAAGAAAUUUUCUCUUCGAUCCCACUUAUCUAUCAUCUUCCUCGACGAGCCAGCCCUGAAAUCGAUCAGCAGCGGGAUCUCCAUUUAUGUAAUGCAUCAGAAGAAAUCGGAAGCUCAGAUCGGAAAAGAAAGCAGCGGCGUCUCUUCCGAUUUCAACCCUUCUCCCCCUCUUCUUUUCUUCCCUCAGAUCGUCUCUCACCAUCAUCAUCAUCACCACCACCGCGAUCUCUCUUCCUCGGUCGCCCCUUACAAGCGCCCUCUCCUUACUCACCGGUUCUCUCCUACUCUCUCCCCUUCUUCCUCUUCGCCAUCCUCUUCUCAUUUUCUCUUGCUCAAAUCCUCUCUCUCCCGCUCUCUCCGCCGCUUCCCUCUCUUUUGCUUUCUCCUCCCUCUAUCUUACUUCCUCCUCUCCCACCCAACUCGAUCCGUCCUCGUCGAUUUCCUCUCCGCCUUUGUUUUCUCCGCCGCCCUUCUCUUCUCCCUGAAUCUCGCCCUCCCUCGCCUCCCUUCCAUCCGCCUGUUCCUCACGCGCUCCUUCACCUCCCCGUCUAGGACCCCUUUGCCCGUUUUCUGGUCCAUCGGCUCUCGUGCUAAAUCUGACAAGAGGGGAAGCUCCGGGUGUUGGGUCCAGGUCUUCAGCAACGGAGACGUCUACGAGGGAGAGUUUCACAAGGGCAAGUGCUCUGGUAGCGGCGUCUAUUACUAUUACAUGAGCGGCAGGUAUGAAGGUGACUGGGUUGACGGCAAGUACGAUGGUUUUGGUGUUGAGACCUGGGCCAGAGGCAGCCGUUUCAGGGGCCAGUACAGGCAGGGUCUUCGCCACGGUUAUGGGGUUUACAGAUUCUACACCGGAGACAUGUUCUCCGGCGAGUGGUCCAGCGGUCAGAGUCACGGUUGCGGAGUUCACACAUGCGAGGACGGAAGUCGCUAUGUUGGGGAAUUCAAGUGGGGCGUCAAGCAUGGUCUUGGUCAUUACCAUUUCAGGAACGGGGACGUAUACGCAGGAGAAUACUUUGCUGACAAGAUGCAUGGAUUCGGGGUCUAUGGUUUUGCAAAUGGUCACCGUUAUGAGGGAGCUUGGCAUGAAGGUAGGCGGCAAGGGCUGGGAAUGUAUACAUUCAGAAAUGGAGAGACACAGUCGGGCCAUUGGCAAAAUGGGAUCCUCGACAUUCCAAGCACACAAAAUACAACCUGUCCUGUAUCUCCUGUUGCAGUCAACCAUUCCAAAGUGCUAAAUGCAGUCCAGGAGGCACGGAGAGCAGCCGAGAAGGCUUAUGAUGUAGACAAGGUUGAUGAGAGAGUUAACAGAGCGGUUACAGCCGCCAAUAGGGCAGCCAAUGCUGCAAGAGUGGUGGCCGUCAAAGCUGCCCAGAAACAAUCUAAAAACACAGACAACUUUCCGAUUGCUGUCGUGUGAGCCAAUUCUACUACAUGAGCCAAGGAAGAAGCAGCCGUCAAGUUGACAAUUAUCAGCUCAGAAAGUGUAUUCUUUCGGGGGGUGGGGUGGGGGGGGGAGAGAGAAGCAAUCCAAAACCAUGUAUUGGUCGGUGGGUUUGUAUAAAAGAGAUGAAUAUGAUGCAAAUGGCGAGCAGCUACUCACACUCAAAAUCGUUUGACGAGGUUUUCUACCAGAGAUGAUCAAAACUGUCCAUCUUUGGGAUAUAUUCCAUGCAGCAGGAAGCAUGACUCUAUCUGGCCAUUUAUCACUAUUAGAUCAUCAACCAAUUACGAGUUAGUGAAGUUUUGGAAAUCUAUUGUAUGUUGUAUAUUGUGGGAGUAUAAAAUAGUGUAAGAAGAGCUGGUAUAAUGUAGUUUUCUGGGACUUCUUGUAUCAAGACAAUUUGCUUACACUGGAGGCUGCAGAUGUCAUCAUUGCUCUCUAGGCCGAGAGUUGGCCUGUUGGUGGUAAGGCAGGUAAUAGUGUUUGACAUGCCUAAUACCAUCAAGGAGUACAUACAUGUAAUUGGCAGGGCCUCUAGGAUGGGGGAGCAGGGCAGUGCCAUUUUGUUUGUGAAUGAGGACAGCAGAAAUCUAUUCCCUGAUUUGGUUGCAGCUUUAAAAAGUUGUGGAGCAGCCAUACCUAAGGAACUUAUCAAUUUUACAUCCAGGAAAUGCACAACAAGAAGAGGAGGGUUGGAUACUGAAUUGUAUGACCUCGAUCCGAAUGUAUGUUGUAGUAUUUCAAAGAAAGAAAUGAA